CGUCUCGGCCUCUCGGUGCCCUUAUCAUCCGUAUCGGCCGUUUCGUGCAUUUGGGGGCACGUUUUCAUCCGUCGCGGCUGUUUUCAUCCGUCUCGGAUGUCUGGUGCCGUUUUCACACGUUUCGGCUGUUUUGCGUCCUUGGACAGCCGUUUUCAUCCGUCCUGGCCUCCUGGUGCCGUUUUCACCUACUUCGGCCAUUUCGUGCCCUUGGGCGCAUGUUUGUGGGCGUCUCGGCACAGUCGGGCCAUCUGCCACGUCUGGUGCCGUUUUCAUCCGCUCGGCCUCCCGCGUCGUUUUCACCCGUUUGUGCCAUUUCAUGCCCUUAGGUGCACGUUUGUGGCGUCGCGGCACGGCCGGGCCAUUGCACCCUUGGACGGCCGCUUUCAUCCGUCCCUUGCGCGGGUGGUGGGGUGGCCGCCGGUUAGGUCGUACCGCAAGAACGCGCUCGCCGAUGUCGUGGGGUCCAGCAAGGCCAAGCAGGCUGCCAAGUUCGUCAAGCUGGUCGUCGACGGCGCACCCUACCUGCGGAAGGUGGACCUGGAGGCCUAUGCCGGUUACGACCAGCUCCUCUGCGCGCUCCAGUACAAGUUCUUCUCCCACUUCACCAUCCGGAAGUUCGCCGACGACGAGAGGAAGCUGGUGGACGCGGUGAACGGGACGGAGUACGUGCCGACGUACGAGGACAAGGACGGCGACUGGAUGCUCGUCGGUGAUGUCCCCUGGAAGUAUGGUAUCUACAGUUUUUUGAAAUGUUGCACUCCAUGUUCUUUGUUGACAUGGUUCUGGCAUUGUGGCAGCCCUGCUAAUUGUGUGAUUUUGUGAUGCACCUUGAGAUUGGAAAUUGUGAUGCAGGUGUUUUAUCAAUUCAGUAUACAUUUAGGGUGUGGGCGGGGUCAUAAAGGCAUGGCCUUAUGAUGCCAUUGCCAAAUCUCUCUCAUUAUCACCAAAACUGAAGCACAAAUGCUAGCGGCUCUCUGGAAGAUAUAACGAUUGAUUUAGCCAAUUCAUCUAGUGGGGGCACACGAGGUGUUCAUCAAAGCUGAGCAACACGGAGAAGCCAUGAAGGUGCAGCAAACGACAAGCAUCUUUUCCAUCACAUUCACUUUUGUGGUGUGAGGAACCGUCCAAAUAAUAUUCUAAUUAAUCACCAGGAGGAUUAUUAUUUAUAAUCACAACCUCGAUGAUUAACCAGAAUAUCAUAUCGGUAGUCUCGGCACGUGUUUUGUGCACAAGAUCGGAACACAUGCUUUUUCAACAUGUACAUCACAACAAAUUUUAAGAAAGAGCGAGUAAUUAACAUUAUAUUACAAGUUCUUAAGCAUGCAACAAGUUAUCACAAUUUACAGCAAAAGAGAGCUAGGAGGAGACUAAAACUUGCUCAACUCCUAACCAGCAAAAGCACUAAGCAGCGGAAGACUGAAAGCUAUACAACAAAAGGGGAUGAAGUCAUAUACCCUUAGGCUCCAUCACAAAAGCACGACCACCCAGAGUAGGAUGCACUACUCUUGCCCACCACCUGCAUCGGCGGGCAUGAAGUAGCCAAACACCUCCUCUCCCUCAGUAACAGG